AUGGGGAGGGGCAGGGUCCUCCUGGCGCUGCUGCCUCUGCUGGGGCUGGUGCGCUCGGGCGCCCCCUGGGGGCUGAGCUCCUGGCAGUGCAGCUUCUCGGCCUCCUGCGAGUGCGACUUCCGGCCGGACUUGCCGGGUCUGGAGUGUGACUUAGCUCUCAACCUGUUUGGCCAGCACUUGGUAAGGCAGCUUGUCGUGAAAGGGGUGAGGGAGUUUGUGCAAAAUCCCGCUCCUGUGAAGCCUCUGGUGAUGUCAUUCCACGGCUGGACUGGCACAGGCAAAACCUACACGAGCUCUCUCCUGAUCCACUACCUCUUCCGUGCGGGGCAUCUCAGCCCGUACGUCCACCAGUUCUCCCCAGUGGUUCACUUCCCUCAUGCAGAACACCUUGAACAGUAUAAGAAAGACCUGAAGAGUUGGAUCCAGGGGAAUUUGACCCACUGUGGCCGAUCACUCUUUCUCUUUGACGAGAUGGAUAAGAUGCACCCAGGCUUAAUUGAUGUGAUUAUUCCAUUUCUGGGCCCCUCUUGGGUUGUAUAUGGAACCAACUACAGGAAAGCGAUCUUCAUAUUUGUUAGCAAUGCUGGAGGGGAGCAGAUUAACCAAAUGACUCUGGAUCUCUGGCGGAACCGCAAAGACCGAGAGGAGAUCGUCCUUCAGGAUCUGGAAGUAUCAAUUCUAGAAGGUGUUUUUGAAAACCCCCAAAAUGGAUUUUGGAAAUCUGGAAUAAUUGAGCAACACCUGAUUGACCUCCUGGUACCUUUCCUUCCUCUGAAGCAGCACCACGUAAAGCAGUGUGUGGCAAAUGAGAUUGCCAGCCAAGGCCUGCAGGCAUCGCCUGACGUCAUCCAGGCAGUUGCCGAGAGCAUCCCUUACUUUCCAGAAGAGGCUAGAGUUUUCUCGUCCACAGGCUGCAAAACCGUGGCUUCACGUAUCCCCUUCUUUCUCUGACCGGUGUGGAGGCGUU